AUGACCAUUGCCAUGUACAUCACUGUGCUUGCCAUCUUUAUCGUUGUAUGCCAAAAUUCGUGGCCAACAGUAUUCUUGCUGAUUCCACUUAUUUGGCUUAAUAUCUGGUACCAGGGUUACUAUCUUGCAUCAUCUCGUGAAUUAACUCGACUGAAUUCAAUCACAAAAGCUCCUGUUAUCCAUCACUUCUCAGAGAGCAUAUCCGGAGUUAUGACCAUCCACUCUUGCAGAAUGCAGAACAUGUUCUCCAAGAAAAUGUUAAACGGGUUAACGCGAAUUUACAGCCUUGAACGCUGCCAACUUAAAGAUGAGGUAGCUGCAAAACCUGAUAAACUCAAUUCGUUAGUGGCUGAUGAUGGCGACAACUGGAGCAUGGGGCAAACACAGCUUCUCUGUUUGGGGCGAGUUAUGUUGAAGCACAACCGGCUCUUGUUCAUGGACGAGGUCACGGCUUCAAUUGAUUCACAGACAGAUGCUGUAACACAAAGGAUCAUCCGAGAGGAUUUUGUUGCAUUGAUUGGAUUGGUUCUAAGGGCCUCUCAUGGGGAGAUUUCUUGGCAGGUUUGUGUUGCCUCUGCUGCUGCUAACAGUAUUGGCUUUUCACUCGAUAACUUACCGGUAAGUUGUAGUCUUUUCACUGCAUCAUUUACAUGUCGAUUAAAUAUCGGCUUUUCACGCCAUAACUUACCGGUUAAAGAGCGUGCUGUUGAAAUUGCCAAGGCCAUAGAUGACGAAGAUGGGUUGAUAGGAGCAUUGAAUGCCUUUCAAAGGCACUUUCCUCACAGUAAAUCUGAGGAUAAACCGGAGUCAUUGCCUGCUAGAAGUGGCUUAUUUUCCAUCAGUAGGUGUUUUGGCUAUUCCCAUUUCAGUACACAUCCCACGGCCUCUCCUCCACAUUUGUAA